AUGGAUUUAGAAUCAUUUGAAGUUGUACCUAAUGUAAAUCAAUUUGUGUUAGAAACGUUAUCAGAUAAAGAGCUUGGACUUAUUAAGAAAGUCAAUGAAUUAAUUCAUGGAACACCAACAGAUAUUAAUAGAGGAUAUCAAUUUUUACAUGACGGAAUAGCCCGUCCAACAUUUGUACAAUUAUUACUUAAAGUAAAUCCAGCAAUGUACCUCUACCCACUCCAAACUAAACCUAUUGGUGAUUGUACUUCUGUCAUCAAUUUAGUAUUAAGCUUUAUCUACCAAAUGCUUCAAACUGUACCCAUUGAAUACAGUGAUUUGUUAAUGAAUCCAAAAGCUAAUUUAGCAAUGUCAUUUAGAAUGUUGUUAAGUGAUCAUACACUAAUUGGAACACACCAACUUGCAUUAGAAGUAUUAAAUCAAUUACCUGUUAAUGACUCAUUGAUAGAACUUAUUGAGCCAUUAUGUCAACUAACUACAACACAACACAUCUCUCUUAGUGUACAAUUAUUAAAAAGGAUUCUAACAACAAAAGAAACUUCAAAUUGUUUUAUUCAAUUUAAAUGUAUGAAAUACAUUAACUUAGCAUUAUUUACCUCUAACUCUAACGAGAAAAUGACACUUAUUGAAAUACUUGUUUCCUUGUUUAAAGGUUGUGAUGAUUCUUCUAGAAUUGCAAUUGCCAAAGAAGUUAUUGAUAGUGACAUACUAAAACAUGGAUAUUCCAUUUUCACAUGUGGGUCAUUAGAAAUGAAGACAGAAUUCAUUAAAUUCAUUAUUCAUGUAUCAUAUGCUGAAGAAUCACAAGAAGAUAUAAUUAAAAGUGGAAUUCUUCCUUUAGUGAUAUCAUUGUUAAGUGAACAAGAUACAAAAACAAUCAUUUCAAUUAUGUUAUUGAUACAAUCAAUGACUGAAAAUCAUAAUCAUAUUGAGGAGUUCAUAGGAGUAGGAAUAGUGUCAUAUAUCAGAAAAAUUCUUCAGAGAUAUCCAGAAUCAUUAGAACAAAAAGUAGUUAUUAUAAUAAUGGAUGUAUUAUUAAAUAUUAGUACAAAUGAAAGGAUAUUAGAUGAACUCAUACUAUUUAAAGUAGAUGAAAUUAUUGAAGAUGUUUUGAAGAACCAAGUUGUUGAUCGUGUGAGAGAACCUAGUAUUACAAUUAUAACAAGAAUUAAAGCAUAUCAUAAUCGGAUUAGUUUAAUUAAUGAUCCAAAUUCUCAAGAACAAUAUGAAGCACAUGAAUUUUUAGGACGAGUAAUUAAUAUUUAUAAAUACAAAUUACAACACAUUGAUGAAACAAGUCAAGAAGGUAAAUUAAUUAAUAAUCGAAUUGUUAUUUUAAAAACUAAACAAAAUUUCUUUGUUCAACAAUACAAUAAAGAAUUUGAUAUUAGUAGUUUACAAAUUGACAAUGUUGAAACAUUAAAUUUGGAUAUAUAUUUAAAUGUAUCAGAAUCAUUAGAACAUUGUAAUGAAAUAUUACCUAAACCAAAGAUGGAGAUUAUUCAAAUUAGUGGAAUUGAAAUGCAAGAUUUAGAAGAAUUCUACUUUCAUCAAUUAAACACUAUUAUUAAGAAAAAUACAGAAAUACAUAUCUUUAAAUCAGAACAAAAAUAUCUUAAUAUUAUUGAUCAAUUUGUUAGUGGAUUAAUUGAUCCAUUAAGUGAAAUAUGCAGUACAACAGAAAAACAAACAUAUUUUAAUGUUAUUGAGAAAAUUCAAACAAUAAUUGCUCAAAUUCAAGAUAAUAUUCCUGUUGGUUCAAAAUUUGAUAUCUUUUUAGAAAAAUACUUGGAUGGAUUAUCAAAUAAUGCUCUAUAUAAAACAUAUGCAAUCUUUAUUAAUGCACAAGAUAGAAAUACAUUUGAAUAUCCAUUAAAAAUAGCUGAAUUAGUUGAUGCAUAUGAAAAAGAAGGAAUGAAAGUAUUUGAUGUUAUGGCUAUUAUAUAUCAACACAUCACAAUGCUUCAUGAUUAUUUUGAUAUACUUAUAUUUACUCAUAAAUAUUCACCAUAUAUUCAACUUAUAGAAAAAUGCAAAGAAAAAAUGAAAAUAGGACAAGAAGCAAUGAAAACUAUCACUGAAAAAAUUAAUCUAAAUUACCUUUCAAUUUCAUUAAAGAAAAUAAAUAAUCAAUAUAAUGAUGAUAUUAAAAAAUUUGAGAAAGUAUUGUUGAGGUAUCAUGGAUUAUAUUGGGUUACAAUGAUUUUAGUUGAUAAUAAUCUUAUAUUCCUUACAAAAAUGGAUAAAGGUUAUAAAAUAAAUCAAGUAUUUGAUAUGAAUAAAAUGGAAUUAAUUGGAGUAAUGCAAAGUGAAAGAAAUAAUAAAGCAAUAUUUACAGUUGAUGGAGAAUCAACAGAUAUAAUUUUUUUCUUAUCUCAACAAUUAUUUGAUUGGAAAAAAGUUUUUAGAGAAAUUAUUAAAGGAACUAUAUAUUAA